AUGACUUGUUCAUCAGCAGAAACCAACGAAAAUAUCACAGAUAAUGAAACCAAUGAAAAACACAUUCAUUAUCAUUCAAAUUAUUACAUUAGGAAAGUUAGUCACUCAGCCAUAGGUUCGAAUCCAACUGUCUUGGUUGACAAGAAGAACCAUCAACAAGAGAAUAAAGAUAACGAACACAUAUUUAUCGACUCGAGAAUAAACGAAAAGGUUACAGAAAUUAAUGUGCAAACUAUGAACCAAAUAAGAAAUUGUCCAUCAAGUCACAAAGAUACAAUCACAGAAUUAUCAACAAGAUAUCAAACCCUCAUCGAGACUUUGAAUGUAAAAGGAACAGAUUUGCAAACACUUGACGCAAAAAGGCAGUUAAUAGUAUUGAAAUCGUAUUUGGCCGUAGGCAAAACAUUGAAUGAAAGUCAACUGUCCUCCUGCUUGAAAGCUAUCAAAAAUUGUCAAGCAAAUGUGAGACCUCCCUUGCUUCUGAAGUAUUACAUGGUCUAUUGCUGUGUAAAGAAGGUGUCAGGUAUGGAGCAAGAUUGCUUAAUGAUAUCUGACAUGUUAAAGGAAAUUCCUAAAAGUGCAGCAGAUGAAAAAGAACUCGAGUUUUACUUUGCAUUAAUGGAAUGGGAGUCUGACAUGCAUUCGAUUUCCUCAGAGAGAAUGUGUGAUAUUUAUCGUGUUUUUGACAGAACUCUUGAUGAAUUUAUGAAGGAAGGUAGGAUUGACUCAGUUCAAAGAAUAUCUUUCAAGUUGAUCGAUGUGGCUAAGAGGAUCGAAAGUACCAUUAAAAGAAACACUUUAAACAAAGUGAACUGUCUGAGAAGGAAACAAGUUGUGCAGGAAAAUUACUAUAAUGCAGCUCCUGCAAACAUGCAUGUUGAUAUUCGAGAGAGUUUGAGAGAGGUAUUACAAUAUAAUUACUUUCAAGAGGAAUAA